GAUGCUGAUUAUCUGAGCCGCUGAAGCGGCAUCUUUCCCUGUGUCAGCAGCAGCGCUGGAGUGAGCCGGCGGGCGGGCCACGUCGUGUGGCCGGGAGACCAUGUUACUGGUGCGGCGCGUGGCGCUGCCGUUGCUGCUGCUGUUGCUGGCGGCCGCGGGGUGCCCGCGAGUGGCCUGGUCGCUGGUGUGGUACUCGGCUUGGGUGACCACGGUGUACACCGAGCCCGGCACCAACCGCACGGUACGGGGGAGCGCCGAGAGCGGCCGCUACGGGGACACCUCGCCCAAGGAGGGCGCGCAGGGCCUGGUGGGCAUCCCCCGAGGCGUGGGUAGCCGCCACAUGGAAGGCUGUGCCCCAGACGUCGAGUAUGAGGUGCCCAUGCCUCCCGGCGCCAACCGUGGGUCUCCUCCUCCUCCCGCCUGGAUCGCUCUGGUGUCCCAUGGCGGAUGCAGACUGAAGGACAAAAUCGCCAACGCAGCGAGGAAGAGGGCGGCCGCCGUGGUGGUCUAUAACGAGCCCCAUUUCGGCAACUCUACCCUGACCAUGCCGCACCUCGGUACUGGCAAUACAGUGGUAAUUAUGGUUGGGUAUCCAAAAGGAAUGGAGAUCUUGGAGCCAGUGCGAAGAGGGAUUCCUGUGAAAAUGACUAUUGAUGUUGGAAAUCGGCACAUACAAGAAUAUAUCAGCGGACAAUCAGUUGUUUUUGUAGCUAUUGCGUUCAUCACCAUGAUGAUUAUCUCUUUAGCAUGGCUUAUAUUUUUUUAUAUACAGCGUUUCCUCUAUACUGGAACACAUUUUGGAAACCAGGGGCACAGAAAAGAGAUCAAGAAAGUAAUUGGCCAGCUGCAGCUCCAUAUUGUGAAGCAUGAGGAUAAGGGGCUGGAUGUUGAUGCUGAAAAUUGUGCUGUGUGCAUAGAAAACUAUAAACCAAAAGACACAGUUCGAAUUUUGCCUUGCAAACAUGUAUUUCAUAAAACAUGCAUUGAUCCUUGGCUGUUGGACCACAGAACAUGUCCAAUGUGCAAACUAGAUGUUAUCAAAGCUCUAGGAUGUUGGGGAGAACCUAAAGAUUUACUUGAACUUGCAGUACCUGAAUCAAUAAGUGGUAGUAUAUCAGCUGAAAGCUGGAGUAUUACUGUACAAGAAGACAGAAAUGACCUAAGUGAGAUAUCAGCAUCCUCUACUCAUGAAUCUACAUUAAACUGUAGCAGAUUAAAAGAAGAUGUAGGUGAAACAACAGCAUUACUUGAAAUGGAUGGCAGAGGCAAUCAGCCUGAAGAAUUCCUGUCCAGUGGAAACUCUCAGUGAAAGCUUUAAACUUAAACUGAGAGCUAAAAACUAAUUUAUUUUUAUUUAAAUAGUAUGGACAUAAUUUUUAUUUCAAAAGGGC